CGGGCCCGCGCGGCACGUGGGGUUGGCUGGGGGGAGGGCGGUCGCCGUGCUCAGCUCUUUUCUGUCGCCGCAGGGGACAAAGCGUUCGCGCAGUUCCUGACGGAUGAAAUCAAGGAGGAGCGGAAGAUCCAGAAGCACAAAGCGCUGCCCAAAGUGUCCGGCGGCUGGGAGCUGGAGGUGCACGGCACCGAGGCCCGGCUGGUGCGCAAAGUCGCCGGAGAGAAGAUAACGGUUACGUUCAACAUCAACAACAGCAUCCCGCCCGCGGUGGACGACGAAGCACCGGAGGAGCAGAAACCUGACGAGCAGGAGGAGCCCGAUAUCACAUCGACUCCGAACUUCGUUGUGGAAGUCAUUAAGGAUGAUACGAAGCAGACCCUCGUGCUUGAUUGCCAUUACCCCGAGGAUGAGGUUGGCCACGAGGGAGAGGAAGAAAGUGACAUUUUCACUAUUAGGGAGGUCAGCUUUCAGCCAACUGGAGAAUCAGAUUGGAAGGACACCAACUACACCCUCAAUACAGAUUCCCUCGACUGGGCUCUAUAUGACCACUUAAUGGAUUUCCUGGCUGAUCGAGGAGUGGAUAACACAUUUGCUGAUGAGUUAAUUGAGCUCAGCACUGCACUGGAGCACCAAGAGUACAUUAAAUUCCUUGAAGACCUUAAAAGCUUUGUCAAAUGUCAGUAGGGUAGGAAACCAGUGUUCAGUGUGGGCAUUACACAGCAGUGCUCCAGCCAGCAAUAUCACAGUGUACCUUCACAACAGAGACAGAGAGUAAGUAACUGAAUUUGGAAGCGAGCAUCAUGGGAGAGUGAGGAGUCUCACUUGUAUUUUGGGAUUUGUAUUUAUGUUACGUUGCAGCCCAGAUCAAGUUCUCAAAAGUCUGGACCUCCCUGCUGGAUUUUGUACCGUUGGGAAUGAAUGUGAAAAAUAAAAUCUGUUCAACAAC